AUGUCCUGUCAACGAAUUACAGUAACUAAAAGAGGUGUUGAGUUAUAAGAGUAAUUAAAAGAGAUUUUAAAGAAAAACUAGAAGAUCCUAAGGUUAGAACAUCAGCAAGGUGUAUUUGAUAAAUAGUAUUAAAUAGAUAACUCUGGAGAUAUAUUAAAGAAAUAGAAUAUUGGUAAGGAGUAAUUUGGAGGAUAUAUUGAUCUUCUAGAAUAAAGAUUGAAUUCACCAGAGAAAAUAAAGGUGUUUUUGAAUCAAAGAUUUAACAACUAACCAAAAUUUAUUUAAAAGGAAGUUGAGAAAGUUAGUUAGAAAAUAUAUAAUUAUGGAAAUUCUUAAUUUAGAUCUCAUCAUUCUUUACCUUCUUUAGAUUUUAGAUAAAUCUAACAUUUAAAGACUAAAUAUAGUGAUGGAUUUUGGAAUAGUUAGAAUCUCUCGAUGUCUGGAAAUACGUGUAAUUUAUUUGAAUUUGAGUAGUCUACAAGCCUAAAGACGAAGAAAUCAAAACGAGGAAGGUCAAUUAUUUAAUGUUUUAAGAAGCAAAAAUAGAAAGAAUGAUCACAAAAUAUGAUAAAUUUAAUGAAAAAGCAUAAUUUAUUCCUAGUUUCGAAAAAGGUAAAUAGAAAAAUGCAAAUCUUGCAACUGAAUUAUUAAAAGCAAUGGAAAUAAAAGACACUGAAACAAGAGUCGAAUCUAUUCAAGAAAUAAAUUAAAAGCAUGCUUAAAAUCUCGAUUUAUUAGAAUAUAACAGUUAAAGAAAAGAGAGAUUCCAUUAAAAUAUAACAGAAUUGCAUAAUAAAAAAUAUAAACGAUAUUGGGAUAAUUUAAGAGUUGGAAAAUGA